AUGAAAUUUUUCAAGAAAAAAGCAACUUCAUCAGUAACACCGGUGAUCAUAACUGAUGAUAAUACACAAGAAAGUUAUGAAUUACGACCUGUCUCUGUUCAUAGUCGAAUGUCACAUCAUAGUGUUGAUAUUCCAGUAACUGAAAAUGUGAUAGUUUCUUCACGAGCUAACUGUUGUCAGCAAUGUUGUACAAAAGAAAAUCUAAAAGAACAAGCAUUAUUAAUAGCAACAAUUGCUGCUGUUGUACUUGGAAUUGUUGUUGGAAUUUCACUUCGUGGUCUCAAAUGUCCUACAGAUGAUAGAGUAAAUGGAUGUCGUAUUACCAAAGAAGAUAUUACAUAUAUUGAUUUUCCAGGAAAAAUCUUUAUUAAUAUUCUUAAAAUGCUUAUACUUCCAUUAAUUGUUUCAAGUAUUAUUUCAUCAUUAGCACAACUCGAUGCACAAUCAUCAGGAAGAAUGGGUGUACGAGCAUUAGUCUAUUAUAUAGGAACAACAUUAAUUGCAUGUAUAAUUGGUAUUGCUCUCGUAUUAAUUAUACGACCAGGAUCGCGUGGAGCUCCUCCAGUAAACCCAUCUGAUACAGAAGCACCUCAAGGUCGAAUAAUUGAUACUGUGUUAGACUUAUUUAGAAAUUUAUUUCCUGAUAAUAUUAUGGAAGCUACAUUUCGUUCGUAUGCUACUGAACUGAAAAAAGAGAACAAGUCAUUUAUAUCACCUAUUGAUAACACAACGUAUUACAAAAAUGUUUAUACUGCAACAGUUACAAAACGUGAUGGUAUUAAUGUACUUGGUUUACUUAUUUUUUGUAUUAUAUUUGGUAUUCUUAUUAGUCGUUUAAAAGAAAAAGCCGUAUUAUUGAAGCAUUUUUUUGAAGCAAUGCUUGAAGUUGUUAUGCAACUUGUAGGUAUUGCUAUGUUAUAUAGUCCUAUUGGAAUAUUUUUUUUGCUUACUGCAAAAAUGCUUGAAAUGGAUAAUCUUGCUGAUUUUGUUGGUUCAUUAGGUCUUUAUAUGGUUACAGUUUUAGCUGGUUUAUUUGUUCAUGGUCUUAUUGUUUUACCACUUCUUCUCUUUCUUAUAACACGUAUAAAUAGUUUUAAAUAUAUACGUGGUAUGAGUCAAGCAUUAGUAACAGCUUUUGGAACGGCUAGUUCAUCAGCAACAUUACCAGUUACAUAUCGAUGUGUUGAAGAAAAAAAUCAUAUUGAUCCAAGAGUUUCACGAUUUGUUUUACCACUGGGUGCAACUGUAAAUAUGGAUGGAACAGCAUUAUAUGAAGCCGUAGCAGCUAUAUAUAUUGCACAACUUAAUAAUAUUCCAUUGAAUGCUAUAAAAAUUAUUUUAACAAGUUUAACAUCAACAUUAGCAUCAGUUGGUGCUGCAAGUAUUCCUCAAGCUGGUUUAGUAACUAUGGUUAUUGUUUUGAAUGCACUUGGUUUACCAGCAGAUGCAGUUGGAACAAUCUAUGCUGUUGAUUGGCUUCUUGAUCGUUUUCGUACUGCAAUUAAUGUAUUUGGUGAUUCAAUUGGUUGUGCUAUAGUACAACAUCUAUCACGUAAAGAACUUGCUGCACUUGAUGAGAAGAAAAACGAUUCAACUACUGUACUUCCUUUACUUGUCAGUAAUCUCGAACCAGCAUCAAAUACACCUCGUGAUACUCUUAAACAUCAAUCAAAUCAUGAUGUAUCUUCAUCUUAUCAUUCUCCAAUAAUUAUGACUCCAAUGUAA